AUGACUCAAAGCAAUGAACAAACAAGAACAGUUUUGGAAAGUGGUUUGAAAACUUGCAGGAUUGCUCGAAUUCCUGCGGUGUUCAACUUCUACGUUGAAGAUUCCGCGUCUUCAUUGGUCAUCAACGUGGUUGGUAUUGAUGUCCACAAGGCCAACAUGGUCUACAUACGUGACCCAGCGCAAAGCGGUAUCAACGUGACUGAGCACGCGAUCUACUCUGAUAUUAACACUGUUACCGUAGCCAUCGGUGAGGAUAGUUCUCAGGCACGUGCCGUCUCUUCAAUUACGGUACUACCAGGCUUCACUUCCACCGCUGACAAUGACUAUGUGGCAGAAUCUCCGUUUUCGGCAAGAGGUGUUGACAAUCGCACAUAUGCGGUUUUUCGUGUUUCUCCAGCAAAUUUCACUGUAAUCUCUGGAAAACAAGGAUCGGCGAAUGUGAAUGAGCCAUGGAAUGACAGCCUUUAUACGUUUGAAGUUCAACCACGUGAUGAAAGCACGUGCUCAUAUCAGUACAUCACCACUAAUUUCCAGAUGACGUCAGCACCGCUGUUCAAAAUGCAAAUUCACGGCACCACUUCGACGAAGUUCCAAUUUCAAAGGACAUUUUACUUCUCUCAAUCCUAUGAUACAGCGACAACUUGUGGACUUCAUGGUAGACCUAAUCUGUUCGGUGAAUGCAUUUGUCAGCCAGGAUACAGCGGAGAGUACUGUGAUGAGCCGAUAUGCGAAAAUGGUGGCACAAGGUCGAUGUCUAUCUGUAUAUGCAAGCUGGGUUUCUAUGGACAGCUGUGCGAGUCA